GGUUCUUGAAGCAUGAGAGACAGCCUGAUUGUUGCAGAAAGAAGAACUCUGAAAGAAAGUGAGCUGGUUCAAUGAAUGUUGGAGAAAUACCACAGUCAGAGCUGCCCGGCACCGAGACCAUCCCGAAGCCGCUGGAAAUCGGCUCCCGCUGCAGCAAGACGCGGAGGCCAGCGCAGGCUAGCGCUUCCCCUCCCCCGGAGCUGCGAACUCGAGGAAAGAGACGCCGCUGAAAUGCAACGCGGGGAGGAGCGCGGUUGGCUCGGGACUCCCUCCGCCUCGGCUGCUUUUUUCCUCCUCUCGUGCUGCGCCUGGGCUUUAAUUCUACAUGUUGCUGCUGAAAAUGGAAAAGAUUGGAUUGAACUUCUGUCAGAGAUGCCAGGAAAACAUGAGCAUUCAGGCCAAAUAAGCAAAGAGCUAAGGGAAAUAGUAUUUGUCAUCCAGAGUCAGAAGAAUUCUUAUCAUUUGAAGAAAGCUGAUGGUCUUAAACGAAGUAUUUUAAAACAGGCUGCCUCUUUGGGAAAGGAAAUGCCUACCGUUCUGCUUACUCAUCAGAUGGACAGACAUGAAGGGACAUGGACUAUUUUACCAUUAAUGCAUGAGUUUUCUGUUUCCUACAGCAAAAACUCCUCAUGGAUUUUUUUCUGUGAAGAAGAUACAAGAAUACAGAUUGUAAAACUACUGAAAACACUUAGUAGAUAUGACAAAGCUAAGGAAUUUUUUUUAGGCAAAGCAUUACAUGAUGAUGAAUCUACAAUUAUCCACCAUUAUGCCUUUGCAGAAAACCCUACAGUUUUCAAAUUUCCAGAUUUUGCUGCUGGCUGGGCACUUAGUAUUCCACUUGUAAAAAAGCUUGCAAGGAGACUGAAGAAUGAACCUUUAAAGUCAGAUUUUACAAUAGAUUUAAAACAUGAGAUUGCAUUAUAUAUCUGGGAGAAAGGGAAUGGACCACAACUCACACCGGUGCCUGAAUUCUGUACAGAAGACUUCAACUCUCCUAAUGGUGUUACCUGUGCCACUACAUUCACGAAUUUCUUCCCACAAUGUGGUGAUCCUGUGAAGAAAACGGAUAUCUUUAUUGCUGUAAAAACAUGCAGGAAAUUCCAUGGAGACAGAAUACCUAUUGUGAAACAAACCUGGGAAGGAGAAGCCACUUUUAUUGAAUACUACAGUGAUUAUGCAGAAAGUUCAAUACCUACUGUUGACAUAGGAGUACCAAAUACCGAAAGAGGUCACUGUGGAAAGACUUUUGCCAUUUUGGAAAGAUUUUUAAAUCAUAGUCCUGCUAAAAUGCCUUGGUUAGUCAUUGUGGAUGAUGACACCUUGAUAAGCAUCUCUAGGCUCCAGAAAUUACUCAGUUGCUAUGAUUCAAGUGAGCCAGUGAUUCUCGGGGAACGCUAUGGCUAUGGUUUAGGAUCAGGAGGCUAUAGUUACAUUACUGGUGGAGGAGGGAUGGUCUUCAAUAGAGAAGCAAUCCAAAAACUGUUUGCUAGUAAGUGCAGGUGCUACAGCAAUGAUGCCCCUGAUGAUAUGGUAAUUGGAAUGUGUUUCAGUGGUUUAGGAAUUCCUGUUACACACAGCCCUCUCUUCCAUCAGGCUCGCCCAAUGGAUUACCCGAAGGACUUCCUAUCCCAUCAAGUUCCAAUAUCAUUUCAUAAACACUGGAAUGUUGAUCCAGUAAAGAUUUAUUUCACAUGGUUGGCUCCAAAAGUACAAGAUUUGGAAUAUGGAAGCAAACAUGUCAGAGAGGAUUUAUAAUCUGUGAAAGUAUUUAAAUAUUGUUAUGGUCUUAAUAUUUAGAAUGUAGAUAAAAUUUUAUUGCUCUAUUUAUAAUUAUUUGUUGCCCAUAUUGUACAAGACAAUAUGGACACAAUCCAGUACCACUUUUUGGCACAGUAUGCUGCUUUCUUCCUUUUGGACCACUAUAAUUUGUAUCCCAUAAUUAGAACCACUGUUUAGGGAUAUAGUGUCUGCACAAGGCAUUUAACCUCUCCACUGCCACAUUGUGCAUUACUUUGUGUAGGUACUAAUGAAGGAUAGGUUGGAAAUAAGUUUAUAUUAAAUCUUGUGAGUGUACACCGCACAGGAUCCACAGUUAUUACUAGACCAUGCUCUGAAUAUUGCUGCUCUAAAUCAAAUGAAUGCAAACUUUUAUUUGUGCAUUUAUUCCUUCUUUUUAUUGGCCUUAAAGUUUUAAAAUUAAUGCUUUUGUCCUAGAAUUUUGUAAUCAUUACCACCUUUAAGAUGCUUUUGCCAGUUCAUCAACAAGUUUUUCUUUGUUCUCUCCAAUUCUUUUGCUUCCCAAAGAAAAGAAUACAUUUUGAAGGAAAGAAAAUACAAUAGCUCUUCCACAUACAUAUUUUAUCUCAUGUAAUCAUUUUGCAAUUAUUUAAAAUAGGCACAGCAGAAUAGGAUAAAAUGUUUGCCCAGAAUCAGAGUAAAAAGUAUUGCCUUCAUUUUGUUUCUUCAUCUAGCAAGGUUUAAGUGCCGUGUGACAAUAACACGGCAUUCUGUUUCCCAUAAGAACUUUAAUUGCUUGGAAUCAAUUCAAGAAGCAGCAGUUACUGGCAAGGAUUGCACAUGCUUCAAAAAUGGUUAGGAAGAAAUGUUUCACCUUCACAGCAGCUCAGCAUUUUUUAUUUUUUGAUACUCAUUAAAACAGCCCCUUUUUUCAAGCUUCUGUGCAAGUCUGCGUCUGCUUUAAGAGCCUUUGUGUUGUGCUUGCCCAAACAUCCAAAGCACUUCUGUUGAAUCAUUUUUUAAAUGCACACAGCUCUACUGAUUCUUCAUUUUUUCCCUCUUCUAACAGCAUUGAAAUACUAAUGGAACAAAUAAACUGAAUGCAGUGAAUUAAAAAGUAAAUUAGGAUCAUUAGAUGAAACAUCUAAUCUACCAUCAUCUCAGACUCCCUUUCGUCUUAAAAAACAUACAGGCAAAAUUUAUUGUAGCCUUAAUUUAAAAAAUUGUAUUUGGUACACUAUCCUCUCCUAACUUUUCUAAUACUGUAAAAUUUCUUCCAUCAAAGGCAGUUAAAGAUAUAAAUCAAUCUUUGCUAUAUUGUAACCAGAAAAAUUUUUAAAGCGGUAUUGUAGUUUUGUGGGGCUUUUUAAUAGCACAAAGCAUUGUGGUCCAAAGCACUGUCAUUCUUAGACCAUUGGCCAAUUUGGAAAAUUAAUUAUUUAACCAAAAUCAAUAAAGCAGUAUACACUUACUAUGAAUGUAGCUUGGAUUUUUUUUAAGUGUACUCAGUGGUCUGACUCAAGAUGACUUGAAUUGAAGUGUUUGAAUUAAACGAGUCACUGUUUUUUAUAGUUUCUGUAUUUCCUUCUCUCAGUGCCUUAAACAAUGGAUACAUCUGCUGAUUCAGAUCUACUAUGCUUUUUGUACUGAAUGGGAUGGAUUAUUAUUUAUGUUUACCGUGUGAAAUAAAACAAAAUGGUUCAAAAUAGAAUAA